AUGGAAGAAAAUAAACCUAGAGUAGAAGAUUUUAAAAAAAAUUUAAUAGAACUUCAACUUUUAUUUAAACAAUUUUUUGUAUAUAACCAAGAUAAAAAUGAAAAUAAUAGUUUUAUAAAUGAUUCCAACAGUAGUAACUCCACUAGUACUUUGCAAAGCAUAGAAGACAACACAACAAAAGAACACGAUUUUAAUAAUGAUGAAUGCUAUGAAGAUGAAGAUGAUAGAGAAUACAUAAUAAAUAAUAAAAUAAAAGAAAACAAUUCGAAAUGGCUAAAUAUAAAUGAAAUCGAUACAUUCUACAGCAACACUUUAAAUAAUAUAAAUAAUAUAAAUAACCAAAUGAACAAUCUAAAAAAUGUAAAUAAUGUAAAUAAUGUAAAUAAUAUUAAUAAUGUAAAUAAAAAUAGUUUUAAAAUAAUAAAAGAAAAAGUGUACAAUAGUUCAACAUCUACCCAAUCAUCCGAAUCGCCAUCAUUAUCAUCAACAACAUUUUCAACACUAAGCCAUUUUUCAUCAUCCACUGUAGACCUGUAUACAAAGCUAAAUAUAUCCACAUAUAAAAUAUCAAGCCAGAAAAACAAAAAAAAAAGAUCAAUUUCAUUUUUUGAAAAUGAGAAUUCAUCUUUAAAUGCAUAUAUAACCAAUCGAGCAAAUAGCGAUUUACCAACAAAGAAAAUAAAAAAUACCUACCAAAACCCUCUAAAACUCAGUCUAUAA